AUGUGGGUGCUGGUACUGAAUUGGGGUUUCCGUCAGAGCCAGCCAGUUCAAUGUGCUGACCUCCUGGGAGUCACCACUCUGUCACCCUGUAUACCAGCUCUGAGCUGUCAGAGGGCCAUAAUAGAGGCUGUGCGAAAUGCCUCGGAGCUGCCUGAGUGGAAAACCAGUGAGAAAACCUGUGAGGUUGGUGAGGGUUGCCAAGACCUGGUGAUGCUCCUGGAGAAUGGACCCCGAAUACACUUGCUGAUCAUCAAGGGAUGCGUUAAGGCUGAGGACCAGGAGCCCCGGGUUACCUGGCUCAGGACCGGUCCUGGGCUCUCUAUCGUCUCCUACACCCGUGUGUGUCACCAUAGUGACUUCUGCAAUGAUGUGUCCAGCACUGAGGUUCUUGGGGACCUACCCACACCCACAGGUGCCAUGGGGAGGAAGGAUGACAUUCCAGGGUCCCUGCGCUGCCCACUCUGCCUUUCUAAAGAUGGCUGUGAGAACGCACCCGAGCAGGUCUGCCCCACAGGCAGCUCACACUGCUACAGUGGAAUCCUCAGGCUCAGGGGAGAGAGCAUCACCACCAAUCUGAGGGUGCAGGGCUGCAUGCCCCAGCCAGCCUGCAACCUGCUCAAUGGCACCAAAGCAAUCGGGCCCUUGGAUAUGAGUGAAAACUGUGGUCUUCAGUUGGGUGAGGCCAAAGCUCUGGACUGCAACAGUGGGACCUUGGACACUGUACGGAACGUCGAUCUGCACCUGAGCUGGACAACUGGCUGAAAAACCUGUGAGGCCGGCCAGGGAUGCCAGGAAACAUUGAUGCUAAUACAGAAUGGAAAAGAAUUUCACAUGGUUCUCACUAGAUGUACUAGUGAUUCAAACAGAGAGGCUCGAAUCACCAGGCAUAGGACAGGCCCCGGAAUCUCCAUAAUCACCUACGUCCAUGUGUGCCGCCACGAGGACUUCUGUAAUGACCUGUCUACAACUAGAAAUCUUUGGAUCCCACCCUCUGGCACAGUGCCAGGGACGCUGCGCUGCCCACACUGCCUUUCAACCCGUGGUUGUGAGAACGCCCCUGAGCAGGUCUCUGAAGGCAGCUCACACUGCUACAGAGGAGUCCUUCAGGCUCAGGGAGAGGGCAUUGAUACCAGCCUGAAGGUACAGGGCUGCGUGCCACAGGCAGGCUGCAACCUGUUUAAUGGUACCAAGGCAAUUGGACCUAUAGAUGUGCUUGAGGACUGUGGACCCAGUCAGGUGAAGGCUCUGAAAUGCCAGCAUGGGACAUUGGAGAUCACAAGGAAUGUAUCGCAGCUGCCGCUCCAAUGGACAGCUGCCAGACACUGUGAUGUUGGUGAAGGCUGCCAAGACACGCUGUUGAUGAUAGAGAACGGGGAGAAGGUGAAUUUGGUUCACAAGGGCUGCACUACUGCUGAGGACCAAGAGGCCAAAGUCACAGAGCACAGGACUGGCCCGGGGCUGUCUGUCACCUCCUACACACGAGUGUGCCGCCUAGGAGACUUCUGCAAUGGCCUGUCUACCACAGCCCCUCUCUGGGCUCCACCCCCUGUGACAGCCCCAGGGACCACACGCUGCCCACUCUGCUUUUCUACAUGCUGUGAGAAUCCACCCAAGCAGGUCUGCCCUGCAGGCAGCUCACACUGCUACAGUGGAGUCCUCAGCCUCAGGGAGGGGAGAUCAUCUCCAAUCUGAGGUGCAGGGCUGCAUGUCCAGCCAGGCUGCAAUCUGUUCAAUGGCACCCAGACAAUUGGACCCAUGAAUGUACGUGAGACUGCACCCUGGUGUUUCCCCUCCACAGCUACUCUGACCUGUUACAAGGGGAUCAUGGUGAAACCUGGCAGUGGCUUUGCUGAGACAGCUGUCGAGUGGUCUGCACCAUGGACCCUGGCGUGUGAACCUGAGGAGUUAUGUCAGGAGACCCUCCUGCUUGUGGACGUAGGACCCAAAACACUCCUAAUAGGGAGCAAAGGCUGCAUCAGACCUGGGGCAGAGGACAGUGCCGGUGUCUCCAUACACUCCCGGCCCCCUGGAAUACUGGUGGCUUCCUAUUCACGCUUCUGUUCCUCCAACCUGUGCAACGAGGCCAGCAGCAGCAGCGUCCUGCUGAGCCCCCUCCCUCGUCCAAGUAUCCUUCCCCCUGGAGACCUGUGGUGUCCGGCGUGUGUGGGGUUAUACGGAUCCUGCUUCAAUGACAACAGCUUUGUCGCCUGCCCUCGGGGUACCACUCGCUGUUAUAAUGGUGACAUUGUGCUCCAGGGAGGUGGCCUGUCUUUCACAAUGAGCAUUCAGGGAUGCAUGUCCUCAUCUGGCAAACUUUACUGGGGGACUCCAAAACAAUUGAUCUUCUCCGCAAAAGAAUUCUUUGAGGACAAAGAUGAUGAAAAGCCUCUGGAUGGAGGUGCCUCAGCCCCUUCCCUCGCCUGGCAUCUAGUGCCAGCCACUAGCACUGUAUACCUUCAGCAGCCACGGCCACCACCACUGCUGCCACCUCCUCACCCACUCCAGCGAGACCUCGAGCCCCACAUUCCUCACCUCCGCUGGACCCCCCAACACUACCGCAACCGCUGCACUACUGCCAAGUUUCUUCACUACACAGUUUAUGCCAAUAGACCUGGAAUCUUGGCUGCCAUGUAUAUCAAAUGCUGUGAAAGUGAUCUGCACAGUAGUGCUGCCAUCAGCCAAGUCCUACUUGACUACAUCAAUAUUUCAGCCUCCUAUCAGUCAAAAAACAUCAGGUGUCCUGUCUGCUUGAACUAUCAGGGCUCCUCCGCAAAAACUGUCUUCUGUCCAAAGGACACUGGUUGUUAUGACGGCGACAUUGCCAUUGAAGGAGGAGGGGGGCUGGAGCCUGGACUCCUGGGUGUGGAGUUUAAUGCCAAUUUUAGCAUUAAAGGAUGUCUGGACGUGACUGCUGGAGACAUAUUUAAGAAAGACGAAACACUUGGGAUCUUCAGCGUGUUGGAAAACAUGAACUCAAUGACUGUGUGUGCCACCACACCAGUGAUGGAGCAUCAGAGUCCUGGGAAACAGAUGCUGGAAGACAAAGACAGCAGACCUGCCUUUGAAACACGCUGUUUUAAUUCCAUCACUCCUGACACAGAGGCCUGCUGGUCUGAGUUUAAGACCAGCUUGGCUGCUUUCCUGCCUGAGGAGCUUUUUCCAACCAAUCCAGGCUCCCAAUCCAGGCAGCUCAGCUGGUUUUGA